AUGGUUGCUUUGCGGCAGGAGAUGGAGGAGCUUCUCCGGUGCCAGCAGGGACCCUUUGCUUUCCUGGAGCAGAGCAGGUGCCUUGAGUUGCUCCAGUCCACUGGCUGCACGGCAGAGGACUAUCGAGAAGCAACGCACAUCAGGGUGAAAGACUUCCUGGACCUCCUGCCAAAGAUGCAGGUGGAGGCCGCUGACAAAGAGGCAGCUGGCCCCCAGGUGGCUCUUCACGAGAUUUUUGUGCAUUUGAAGGACGUGUCGUCGGGAGUGCUGAAGCCGAACGACCUGGCGACGGCCAUGCAAAUGGCUGGGAUGAAUCCGACGACUGCAGAGGCUUCGGAGGUGCUGGAACGCGCCGGGCGACCGGAGAGCUUCACCUUCGAGACCUUCCAAAAGUCCAUGGAGGGGGCUUUGGCCGAGUGGUCUGUGAGGGAUCAGGCUCAACAGCUACUAAGCUGCUUUAAAGUCUUUGACCCACAGAGGACUGGUGUUCUCAGUCGACAGACCAUUGCCACGAUCCUGCGCUCCAAUGGUGUUUUGGACGUCAAGAUACGGCCUAAGAGCUCUGGCUGCGAUGCGAAGAGCUCUGGCUGCGAGAUUGCGCAAGGAGCGACUGUGCAUCCGCUGAGCAGCAAACAUGAAGCGUCCUCCGCGCUUGGCACACAGGUGGAGGUCUCCAGUUCCCAGCUUCGAACUUCCGCAGCGCAAAGCAGCAGCAGACACGAGCCCAGACAAGAUAGACAAGCGAGGGAGCUUCCCUCUGCUGACCAGAAGGUGCAUGAGGAACAAGCCUCGCAUUGGCAAACCUCCUAUCAGAGAAAGACUUUUCCAGUGCUCGACACUUUGCAUAUUACUUUGAAAGAUCGUCCAGCUGUGACAGCUGAUACUGGCGACAUCACAUACCAUGGAAACAUUCGAGAAGGCGCAGCAAGAUGCGUCAUCUCCUUUCCUGGGAAGUAUCCAUCCGGAUGGGACGCACUCAUCAAAGAGCAUCAUGACGGCAGCGUUGGCUGCGUUUUUCUGUGCACCCCGGAAGAUGGCCUUGGAAAACAUGCGCAAGACCCUGAUGCCGAAGAGGGCACUUGCUACUGCAAAGCCAUCUAUGGAGAGCGAGGCUGGAAGGAAUUUGGCUACCUCAAGGUUCUAAGGUGCCCUUACACGAAGGAAAAGAUGCUGAAGGAGCAGGAGAAAGCAGCAGCAAUGGGUAUAGUCGUUGUUGGAGAAGAUGCUAGCCCAGAGGAACGCCAAAAGGCUGAACAAGAAGCUGAGCAGAAGUACGAGGAGAAUCAGAGAAGAGCACCUUGGGGCUGUUUCUGGUUUAAAGUUUGGAUGGGCAAUGGUACCUACGCCACCGAGAAGAAGCAGAAACUGCAGGUGGUCUACUUUGCAGGGCAGAAAGGAAAGGGUAAGGUGGAGUGGGAGGCCUUGGCCACGUCAGAUUUGUGGGAUGGGAUCGGCCUGGGUGGCUCUCAAAAGUCCGAGGUGGCAUUUCUGGAUCGGAUGAGGCAGAAGGAUCCGGCAUGGGAUUAUGAAGAAGUGGAUGUGGCACUCUUUCUACAGAAUGAGUUUUCACUGGAACAGGAAGUAGAUGCCUGGGACCCUGAGAUCAGCAAGUGGCGCAGAGGAAGGUUGGUAGCGGUCCCCGAAUGGAGUGAAGGCUGCCGCGACUCUCCAAUGGAGUGGAUGCUGGUGUGCAAGGAGAACCAGCAGACCUUCAGAUCCACACAUUUGAGGCACACGACGGACCCAAUUCACAGACUGAUUGACAGCUUAAACCGAGUGGAGGACGACGGCCUGACAAAGAUGCUGGAGAAUGCCUUGCCUGAGGGUAUCCAUUUGAUGGGAACGCCUGAUGUGCAAUGUCGGCUUCCGAACGGCAACAAUGCCGUAGGGGUGAAGGUCCAUGUGCCACACAUCAAGGCGAUCCAUUUACUUCGAGAUCGGGUGCUGAGUGGUGAUUUCGACACGGCGCUGAACGAAUAUCUUGCAACAAGCGAAUAUCUGGGCGAAUUGGAAGUGCAGGUGGACAAGACAGAGUUUUUUGAACGAUACGAGAGGAGUCUUUUGUCCCUGUCGAAACUGACCGAACAUCAAGAAUCCAAGCUUCAGCAGCUGCAUGAGGCAAACAGCAAGGAGCUGCAUUUAUCAGCUCCUGCAGGCGCGGGCAAAACCUUCGUCGCCGUGCAAUUUGCGCUCGACAAGGUCUAUGAGAACUGGAACUCCAAGGGCAGAAUUCUUUAUGUUGCACCUCGCCCUGCUUUAGGACUACAUUUUGUUCAGUGGCUCAUUGCAAGACACCAGGCCCUAGGGAUUCAAGAAGGCUUUGAUGCCAAUGUCGAGGAAUUGUUGGCCCGAGUGGUCUUGAUGCAUGAGCCUUACAAUCGGCUGAUCAGUUUGCACGUGGGGCCUGGGGGGCGCUUAGAGGAGACCCUCUUACAGACGCACGUUGCUGCCAUAGCUUCAUCUUGUUUCCUCAGCAUUUUCGAUGAGGCACACGAGUUGUUUGCUUCUGACCAGAUGAGCCAAAUCUACAGAGAUGCUCCAGGUGAGAAGUUGCUACUGUCCGAUCUGUCACAAUCCGCUUCUCUACAUCCCUCCUUUCCGAAAGAUGCCACCACGGUGACCAUGACGGAAGUGGUCAGGAGUACCAAGCGCAUCGUAGCUGGCGCACAAGCGUUUCAGAUCCGGAUCGAUGGAGUCAGCACCAGCUGCUCCGGCACGGAGGGACCACCUCUGAAAACCUUCAUGUUCAACGCUGAUGCGCAGGAGAUGAAGACCUUUGAUCUCUGUUCUUUGCACAUUGUCCGUGCCAUUUGGCACAUCCUCCGAAGCUUUCCAAGCCUGAAGAGCUUGCACCGGAGGGUGGCCAUCAUCGUGCCGGACCAGGAAUUCUUGGAGAAGUUGAUGCCGCUUCUGGCAGUGAAGCUGCAGUCCACCUUUGCUGCACGCAAGCUUCAGCUGGUAUCCUUUGAGGGUUCUUUGCGCUACUUACAUCACUACCAACAAGAGGUAACAAGUGAAGUUCUUGUGCUGGAUACCAUAGAGUCUGCCAGAGGACUAGAGAUGAUGAUGGUCAUCUGUGCUGGUCUUGACGAACCGAUCUCUGAGACAGGCUCGAUGGAAACUCUGGUGACACGCGCACGGAUCUACCAAGGCAUCACAAGAGCGCAGCUGAUGACAGUGAUCGUGGACAGAUUUGUGCCUGGCGGUUGGCUAGAAUUUCUUCAAACGCUGAAGUUCAAGGAACAGCUCUUCCAGGAGAGUUCCGCUUUUGCGGAGGUCAGCCCGGAGGCUGCCGGCCAGAUCGUCCAGAAGCAAGGUCAGGCCGUGCCAUCAGCGGCAUUGGAGACCCUGCUGGGCAAGGAGAAGCUUUCCGAUCGGAAAAAGAGCCCGGUCAUGCUCAAGGCGAAGGUCGUCGCGAAGGAGGAAGGUAGUGACACGGAGCCUUUGGAAGCCAACAAGGAAGAUGAGCAGUUGCCCGAAGAAGAAAAGGAAGAAGAAGGUGAAGAGGAAGCAGUUUCAAAGGCGAUUGCUCCGACUGCUCCGACUGCUCCACCACUGCACGAACAGCUCCACGAAACCUCUAUUUGGGACACGGAUAGCAACGAGAUCACCUCGCGAAGUCAAGCGCUUCGCUUCGACCCGCGCCAAGCGCAGACCAUCGACCAGACCGGCAAGAUCACGGACUACUAUCAACUGGACAAGAAGAAGCUGGCAUCAGUGUACACUGCGACCAACAUUUCCACUAAGGUGCUUCGCGCCGUGAAGGCCAUGUCGAAAUCCAAGAGGAAAACGGUGGAGCGCUCCAGGGAGGAAAUCGCCAUCGUGCGAAGGAUGCGCCAUCCUCACGUCAUCCAGCUCUACGAAACAUUCGAAGACCACAGGAACAUCUAUUUGGUCAUGGAGCUAUGCAGUGGGGGUGAGCUGUUUGAUCGCAUACUCGAGUCCGGAAGUUUCUCAGAAGCGCAAGCUUCGGUUGUCAUGGAGCAGAUCCUCCGUGCAGUCGACUACAUGCACAAGAACAGGGUGUGUCAUCGCGAUUUGAAGCCGGAGCAUUGCCUCUUCAAGACGGAGGAUCCCAUUGAGAAGAACAUCCUGAAGAUCAUUGACUUUGGCUCAGCCAGCAACUUCACGCCUGAUGAGCCCAUGCGCACCAAAAUCGGCACGCCUCACUACGUGGCGCCCCACGUCAUUGUUGGAAAGUACAACGAGAAAUGCGACCUUUGGUCGUGUGGAGUGAUCAUGUAUGUGCUCCUGCUUGGCUACACACCCUUCUACGGGGACACCGACGCUGAGGUCUUGUCCAAGGUGCGUUUGGGCAAUUUCAGCUUCAAUGCACAUGACUCGAGGAACAUCUCGCAGGAUGCCAAGGGUUUGAUUCGGUGGUUGCUGAAGAUGAAUCCCAACGCUCGCUGCACAGCCGAAGAAGCCCUGAACCACACUUGGAUCAAACUCAAGCCCUUUCACGAGAGCAGCGCGAUGGACUUCGGAUUGCUGGAGAACCUGCGCCACUUCCGGGCGACGGAUCGUCUCACGAAGGCAGCUUUGCACACCAUAUCCAGCCAGCUCAAUGCGGACCAGAUUAAGGCACUCAGAGAGACCUUCCAUGCCCUGGACCAGAACAGCGACGGACAGAUCACACGACAUGACCUGAAGGAAGGACUGCUGCAGGCUGGAUUGAAGGAGAUCCCUGCCGAUUUGCUGGAGAUCAUGGAGGCUAUAGAUCCUCAAGACUAUGGCCCGAUUGACUACACCGAAUUCCUGGCGAAAGCAUUGGACAGGCGUUUUGACUUCGAGGAGGAUGUUUGCUGGUCUGCCUUCAGGGAUUGCGACCAGAAUGGCGAUGGCAAAGUCUUUGCGCAUCAGAUGAAGCCAGUGCUGGAAAAUCCAGAGGUGACUGGCGCCUUUGGAGCCUCUGCACUGGGUGAGGUGCUGAAGGAGGUCGAGAGCACUGAUGGCAUGAUCGACUUCGAGGAGUUCUUGACCAUGAUGCGUGCCACUGGCGAGAAGUCCUAA